CUCGUCUUUCGGGCAUUUUCCCAGCCAGGAGCUCAGCAAGGCGCCCGGUCCCCAGGAAUCCUGCAGCUGGGAGGCGAUGGAGGGGGUCCGGUCCUGAGACCCUGCGUGCAGCUGGCGGGAGCGGCCCUGGGACAGCAAGAUGACCACGGAACACAGGGAUGUCCUGGUGCUGCUGCCCACGCGGGAGCAGCUGCGGCUGGUUGUGGGGGUGCAGGCCACCGGACGCGAGCUCUUCCAGCAGGUGUGCGACCUGACAAGCAUCCGGGAUGCCCACUUCUUUGGCCUCAGCGUGGUCAGAAACAACGAGUAUGUAUUUAUGGAUUUGGAGCAGAAGCUCAGCAAAUACUUCUCAAAGGACUGGAAGAGAGAAAUGCAUCAAGGAAAUGGGAGAUCCGGUGCCCCCUUCGUGGCCUUCCUCAGAGUGCAAUACUACGUGGAAAAUGGAAGGCUCAUAAGGGACAAGAGGGCCAGGCACCUGUACUACUGCCACCUGAAGGAGCGGGUGCUGAGGUCCCAGUGUGCCCACCGGGAGGAGGCCUACUUCCUGCUGGCCGCCUACGGGCUGCAGGCCGACCUGGGCAACCACCGGGAGCCGGCCCACAUCGGGAGGUACUUCGAGCCACACGCCUACUUCCCGCAGUGGAUCAUCAGCAGGAGGGGCAGCGCCUACAUCCUCAGGCACGCGCCCGCCAUGCACCGCGAGCAGCGGGGCCUGAGCCCCAAGGAGGCCGUGCUGCGCUUCAUCAGGGAGGCCUGCCGGCUCGAGGACGUGCCCGUCCACUUCUUCAGGCUAUACAAGGAUAAGAAGGAAGAAUGGCCUACGAUUGUGCUGGGGCUGACCCUGAAAGGAAUGCACGUCUAUCAGGGGAAGAAGUUCGAGAUCCGGCUGGACGGCCUGCCCUCGGCCCGGAAGCUUGUGUACUACACGGGCUGCGCCUCGCGCUCCCGCCACCUGCUUCAGCUGCUCAGCACCAGCCAUCAGCUGCACCUCACCCUGCAGCCUGUUCUGCGACGGCUGCGGCAGCUGGAGGAGGCCGAAGAGAAGAAGUGCUACCGGGAGUCCUACAUCAGUGACUCGCUGGAGAUGGAGACGGAGCUGGACCCAGCUGGCGGGGGCCCCCCUGGAUCCCUUGGCAGCGGGGACAGCGGGAACAGUAGGCAGCGUCCCCCCCACCGCCUCUCGCUCCUCUGGGCCAACAGCCACGGCAGCUCCCACACGUCGGGCAUGGAGGCCGAAUCGCGGCCUGUGGAGCCCCGGGAGAUGUCGGUGGACGAGCCCCUGGUGGUCGAGGCGUUGGGCGGGGAGGUGCUGUCCUGCAGCUCCAGCGCCAGCCACAGCAGCAGCGGCACGGACGGUGGCGGGCCCAAGGGCGACACCCGGGACCAGGGGGACGCCUCUUGCCAGGAGCCCCUGUCGGUGGUGCAGGUAACCCUGCUCAGGAUGAGGGGCCGGAGCACCGAGGCCCUGCACCAGGUACGACCCCCACCCACCCCGCUGUGGGCCAGGCAGCCCCAGGUCCCUAAGGCGGAGGACCGGCCCCGCCGCAGUGUGGACGACGCGCGCCCGCUCGGCGACCAGCGCCCCACGCCCGCCCCGCGCAGCCGCCCCUUGGGGCCCGCGACGCCGCGCGGAUGGACGUCCACGAACUGCCUCUCCCUGCACCUGCUCGGGCACGACCAGCUCCCGCAGGAGUUCGUGGUGUAGGCGCCUCGCCGCGCGGCUCCACCCACGAGGGGCUGCAUCUACAGUGCACGGCUCC